AGGCAUCUCAGCCCAGUGGGCGUGUCUCCCUGUCCAACAUGGCGGAGCAGGAGUCACGCUCGACCUCCUCCGCUCCUCCUCAGUGAGUUCGGCCCGAACUCGGUGGUUCUCCUCGCGAACAUGUCGCGUCGGAGCAGCGCGCCCUCGGCUCGCUCCUUCCCCCGGAGCCUCGUGCUUUUAUUGGCGUGCUGGAGCUGCUGGAGCUCGCGGGCGUGCGCGGCCGGAGGAGUCGCCCCUCCGAGGUGCGUGUUGUGGGGACCGGGGCUGGAGCCCGACGCGGUCCUCCCGGUGAGACACUUCUUCAUCCAGGCGGUCGGCGCCGAGGGCCGGAACCUCACCGAGUCUCCAGGUAAAGACACGUUCAAAGUGAAGAUCAGCUCCCUGGACAGGAAGGAGCACAUCCGCAUCCAUGUCCCUCCUCCCCUGGACAGAGGAGACGGGUCCUUCCUGAUGAGGUACCGUCUCUAUGGCUCAGCGAUGAGCGGUCUGAAGGUUGAGGUCCUCCACCAGGACGCUGCCGUCGCCGGGUCACCGUACAUCAUGCCAGGUCCGGUCUAUCACGAGUACUGUGACUGCCCCGAACCCGAUGCCUCCGCGUGGCAGAGCACCAUGAGGUGUCCGGACGAGGAGCCUCAGAUUCUGUCCGACUUUAAACCCUUCCCCACCGUCGACCUCCAGCACCUCAGACAGGAAGUGCCCCAGAGGUUCUCCAACAGAGGCGGGCUCAUUCACUACGCCAUCAUCGACAACCGGCUGUACCGCCGCACUCUGGGAAAAUACACGGACUUCAAGAUGUUCUCAGAUGAAAUACUGCUCUCGCUGAUGAGGAAGGUGCGGUUACCUGAUGUGGAGUUCUACAUCAACGUGGGCGACUGGCCGCUGGAGACGAGGAGGACGGACCCCGUUCCCAUCCUGUCGUGGUGCGGCUCCACAGACACCCGGGACAUCGUCCUCCCCACUUACGAGGUCACACACUCCACCCUGGAGACCAUUAGAGGCGUCACCAAUGACCUGCUGUCUGUCCAGGGAAACACAGGGCCUCCGUGGGUGAAUAAAACAGAGCUGGCGUUUUUCCGUGGCCGGGACAGUCGUGAAGAACGUCUUCAGCUCGUCUCCAUGUCCAAGAAAAACCCUGAGCUGCUGGACGCCGGCAUCACAGGAUGGUUCUUUUUCAGAGACCGAGAGAAACAUGUCGGCAAAGUACCGCUCGUUGGAUUCUUCGACUUCUUUAAGUUCAAGUACCAGGUGAACGUGGAUGGAACGGUGGCCGCGUAUCGUUUUCCUUACCUGAUGCUCGGGAACAGCCUGGUCCUGAAGCAGGAUUCGCAGUAUUACGAACAUUUCUACAGCUAUUUAAAAGCCGGCGCUCACUACCUCCCCGUGAAGAGAGACCUGUCGGACGUUUUGGAGAAAAUCAAAUGGGCCAAAGAGAACGACGCUGAAGCGCGGGAGAUCUCCAGGGCGGGUCAGGCAGCGGCCAGAGAGCUGCUACAGCCCAGCAGACUGUACUGUUACUACUACAGAGUGCUGCACACGUACUCCGAGAGACAGACGGGACGACCGACACGACACGAAGACAUGGAGCUGGUGACCGAGACUGACGACCGCACCGCCGUUUGCACGUGUGAGCGUAAAAACCACAAAGAAGAAGAAGAAGCAGCAGCAGCAAGCAACAAAGAUGAACUAUGAUGGAGUCUCACUUUAGUUUUUAUAUUGUUUUCUUUAUUUCUGAAUCAUUCCUGACAAAUAAAGAGUGAAAUGUGGAUUUCACAGUUUACAAGUAAAGACCUCGAUUAAAGGGUAAAGGAAGUUGAAGGACAGAUUUACAUUGAGAACUUUAGUCCUCGGUCAUUUCAAAUUAGAAAUAAAAUGGCUGAGGACUAAAUUAUGAUGCCCUCUUUAUUUUUAACAAUUGUUUUGUAAAACUCAAUGUGAGGCAGUGAAUUCUGUAGAAAUGUGCCUUUGCUUGGGAUAUUUUUUAUUCAGCGUUAUCCUGAAACGUGUGUCUUGAAAUAAAUCUUAUAGAUUACUGAACAUCCUGCUGAGACACCUCAGUCUGGAGACAAGUUACUGAUCGAUUUCUGCCUUAUGUUCAGGCUGAACGUGUUUUUACUUGUUGUCCCCACAAAAUGUUUUUUAGAAGUUUGUGGUGCACUGAUUCGUGGCCUUAUCUGACCCACGUGUGUUUCUCUUACAAGCUGUGGCUCCGCCUUCAGAACUACGUCCUCCUCACGUCUCAUGGAGAGUCCUCUGACGUCGUUGCACAUGGUUUAAAAAAAACGGUCUUUACACCCACUGUGCGUUUCUACCUUCCUCUGGUGCCUUAAACUCUCCAUGUUUUCACAACUGAAAACCAGCCGCCUGGUUCUUCAUGAAGUUCACACUACAGACGUAUAUUCUGAUGUUUUUAUAUUUCAUGUUUUCGUCUUAUGCAUUGAAUGUCUUUGGAUUUGUUAAGUUCCCUCCAGCGUCUCUAUAUAAAUAAAAAUGUUUAGUAGCAA